AUGGAGCCUUUUACUUUACUUCUAACUAUUUUAACGAUUAUUUGCUUAUAUUAUUUUGUUAAAUUAUCUUUUAAAUUAUCUUACUUCGAACAAUUAAAAAUUCCCCAUGUGCGACCGAUUCCAUUAUUGGGUAACAUGGCGCCUUUUGCUUUCCAACGUAUGAGCCCUAUGGAGCUUCAACAAAGAAUGUAUAACCUGUUCUCGGACGCAAAAUUCUUCGGCUUCUACGAUUUUAUGAUGCCAAUGUUUGUUAUUCGUGAUCCAGAUUUGAUUUCCACAAUUGCUGUAAAGCAAUUUGAUCAUUUCUGUGAUCACCAUGGCUUCGUGAACGAAAUUCUUGAUCCGAUAGCCGGCAAAAAUCUGUUUAACUUGAAAGGGGAUCACUGGCGCGAAAUGAGGAAACUUCUUAGUCCCAGUUUUACAUCCAGCAAGAUGAAAAUGAUGUUUGGGCUUAUUUGCCAGUGUGCCGAGAACUUCUCCAGUUUUGUGGCAACGCAGUCCGUAGAAACUGCUAAAACGUAUAACAUGAAGGACUUACUUUCCAGAUACACCAACGAUACAGUGGCCACGUGUGCCUUCGGUAUUGAUGUGGAUUCUUUUAAACAUCCAAACAAUGAGUUCUUUCUACUCGGUAAGAAAGCAUUCAAUUUUGAUAGCUGGUUGGCUUUCAAGUUUUUAAUGCAUAGAAACUUCCCGCAACUUGCGAAACUUUUGAAGAUGAGAAUGUUUGGCCCAAAGGUAGAGAAUUUUUUCAAAGAUAUUGUUGCCACUACAGUGAAAAUCAGAGAUGAACAGGGAAUUGUUCGCCCGGACAUGAUUCAACUGAUGAUGGAAACUAGGAACAAGAAUAGCGGCCCUGAGUACGACAUUAACGAAAUGACGGCCCAAGCGUUUGUUUUCUUCCUCGCCGGAUUUGAUACGAUAUCAACAGCUAUGUGUUUCAUGACAUACGAAAUCGGUGUCAAUCCUGAUGUUCAGAAAAAAUUAAAAGAGGAAAUCGACGAUGUUCUUAGACAAACCAAUGGCAAACCUACCUAUGAGGCUAUCAAUGGCAUGAAGUAUUUGGAUGCUGUAUUUAAUGAAACUCUCAGAUUGUAUCCAGUAGUAUCUUCUCUUGACAGAAAAUGCGUUAAAGAAACCAAAUUACCACCAGCGAUUCCAGGUGGUAAAUCAAUCACGAUAAAACCUGGUGAUAGUGUGUGGUUUCCAACCUACAGUCUGCAACGUGAUCCAAAGUACUAUUCGCAUCCAGAUAAGUUUGAUCCAGACAGAUUCCUUAAUGGUGAUGUAGACAACUCGGUCUAUAUGCCAUUUGGUAUCGGACCCAGAAUCUGCAUAGGUAACAGGUUCGCCCAAAUGCAAGGAAAAGUCAUGCUGUUCUAUCUACUUCGGCGUUGUGAUCUUGAACCCGACAUUAAAACUCGAAUUCCUAUGGUAUUUAACACGAAAAUGUUCCUCAUGAUGCCAGACGGAGGUUUUUGGUUGAAAUUGCGAGCGAUAAAAUCAAAGACUCUUGUUACAUAAUGCUUAUUGAACAGACAUAAAAUUGAGGAACAGUGAACAGUGAACAGUGUAUAAGUUUCCGCGAUCUUAUUGAUAAUCUGUUUAUUUAUAUAAAGGGA